CGAGGCAGCAUUCAAGCCGCCACGUGCCGAUGGGACAUGCACCCACAAGCGCUUUUUUGCCGGGUGACACGCCCGCCCAGUUCAUAGCGAGUGAGAUUGUGAGGGGAGGAAGUAGGGUAGAGGAGAGGGGAGGAAGUAGGGUAGAGGAGAGGUGUAGAGGAGAUCAGGGGUAGGAAGAAGAAGAAGGUAUCGACCAUGGCAGUGGCGGCGGCAGCUAAGGUUGUGUCUUCACGGCUGUGUGUACCACGGCCUAGUAGAGCGCCAUGGUUGCCAAUUACUGAAUGUGCAUGUGUUCGGUUCUCGUCGCUGUCCUAUCUCUCCUCCGCGUUCAAGUCCGGUCGCUCGUCUAGUGGUCCUCUCUCUCUGAAGCGGUCGUUGUCCGUUGAAGGUGGUCGCCGACCGGUGGGCAAUCUGCCCGGCUUGCCCAAUCUAUGGGUUCGAGCUGCGUCCUCCAUUUCCAAAGGUCCCGACGGCACGCUCAAGGUCCCCCCCGAUCCCGUUAUCCCCUUCAUUGAGGGAGAUGGUACAGGUCCCGACAUUUGGCGCGCAGCUCGUAAUGUGUUCGACGAGGCAGUGGAUAAGGCUUAUGGCGGGAAACGCCAACUCGCCUGGAAAGAAGUUUUGGCGGGAGAGAAAGCCUUCACCCGGACAGGGCAGUGGCUCCCCGAUGAGACCCUUCAAGCCUUUCGCGAUCAUCUUGUCGGAAUUAAGGGCCCUCUGACAACGCCUGUUGGCGGAGGGAUUCGAUCUCUCAACGUCGCCCUUAGGCAGGAGCUAGAUCUGUAUGUCUGUUUGCGCCCUGUCCGAUGGUACCAGGGAGUGCCCUCACCUGUGAAGCAUCCGGAGCUUGUCGAUGUCGUAAUCUUCAGAGAGAACACUGAAGAUAUCUAUGCGGGGAUCGAGUUUGAGCGCGGAACUCCUAGCUGUUACAAGUUCCAACAAACGCUUCAGAGUCUCUUCCCUGAGCGAUACAAGAAGGUUCGAUUCCCGGAAUCAUCUGCAUUUGGUAUCAAGCCAGUUUCCGAGGAAGGGUCUAAGAGACUGGUCAGAGCGGCCAUUAAGUAUGCCCUUGGCAAUCAGCGCAGAAGCGUCACACUUGUCCACAAGAUCUUGACCAGACCAGUAACGUUUGAUGUCAUUGCUACACUUAACCUCAAUGGAGAUUACCUCAGUGAUGCAAUAGCUGCACAGGUUGGAGGUAUUGGCAUUGCCCCGGGAGGGAAUAUAAACUACCAGACAGGCCAUGCUAUAUUUGAGGCGACACACGGCACUGCACCGAAGUAUGCUGGCCAGGAUCGCAGUUCGUGCCCGCCCUGCGGUACCUCCAAGACCCAAGAGAUUCAGCAGACGGACGACUCCAGCGGCACCAAGUACGGCAUUGACAGUACAAGACACCACCGGAGAUCUUCCCGCAUGCCCGGUCCGAGAGGCCAGCGAGCCUUUGGCUGGCUACAGGCAUUUACAGACGCCGUAGCCGCCGCCGAGGCUCAGCAGGCUGCGGCAGAAGCAGAACGUCAGCGGCUGGCCAAUGAGGCGGCAGCCGAAGCUCAGCGGACAGCUGAGACUGACGAAGCGGCACGAAACAGACGGAAUGCCGCCAGCACGGAGUCCCUGAUUGCUAGUGAGCAUCAGUGGACAACGAUACUCCAAGGCAUGAUCUUUGUGCCUACGGAAACGCAGGCGGAGCCGACACAGGCGGAGGCAGAGAGAAGUAACCUGGCUACCGUGAUGUUGAACGUAAUGAGGGGAGUAAUGUGGAACAACAAACUACUGCAGGAACACCUGCACGAGGAACGACAGCAAAGACAGCAGUACCAGCAAGAUCUGGCCGCUGUAACGGCCAGCUCCGGCACGACAAUGAAGCCGAGCUCGGCUCGGCACCCGCAAACGGAUGGUCAGACGGAGCGAGCGCACCAGACCGCUCAGAUGAUGUUGCGUAUGCUCAUCCGUCCCGACCAGAAAGAUUGGGUUGACCGGCUUCCCGACAUCGAGUUCGCCUACAACACUUCGGUGCACCCGGCGAUCUGCGUCACACCAUUCGAGCUACAUCAUGGUGGAGAGAAAGCAUGGAUCUUCGCUGAUCUCCUUUUGCCACAGGCUGCCGACAUAGAUGUCCCUUGCUCUCCCGCUUCCAUCCGGAAGUACAGGGACUUGCUGAUCAAAGCCCGCGCAAAUAUGCCAAACGCUCAGAUCCGCAUGCAGCAGCAAGCUAACCGACGUCGACUUCCAUGUCCUUUCUGCGAGGGAGACCGUGUUUGGGUCCUCUCCGAGGAAUUUGCGCUCGAGCAGGAUGUUUCGCGCAAACUCCUUUCGAAAUGGUUCGGACCAUGGGAAGUCACUUCUGCCGUUGGAGACGACCCCGCAGGUCCUUCCUUCGUGAUCAACAUUCCACCGCACCUGACAGUGCAUGGGGUCUUCCACGCAUCGAAGCUGGCCAUCUACACGCCACCUUCAGCUGACGAGUUCCCCGGACGUCGAUCACAGGAUCCGCCUUCUAUGGACGGACAUUAGGAAAUUGAUCGAGUCAUCACGCACCGCAAUUCCAAUCAAAUUUCAGAGAUGAUGAGAUAAGGGCCCGUUACCCUUCACUAUUGCUGUUCCCUCACAAUCUUGGUGGAGGGGUUUUGACAUUUGCCUUUCGCCGUUCAGUGCGCCAAGAUGUGAACACUGAACAUACAGAUCAUCUGCAACUAGUGUCCCCCCCUGCAGGAAGGCCUUUUUUCAGUCCUUCAGGAUGACAACCACUCGUCUUCCCAAUUCUCAAGAAGCCUCCUUUUAUAUGUGGGUGCAUCUCUGUGCACUUGCACGAGAAGGCGCAAGUGCUGGGUAUGCGAGUGUGUAUGGAUGGAUGUGUGUAGGAGUGUGUUCACCACGUCUGCACAUUCACACACGUCUAUGUGUACAUAGAGGUGGCAUGGUCGCAGGUAAACAAAAAAACAAAGAAAACAAAACAUCAAAAAAAAAAACAAAAAAAAAAACACAGGUGGAGGUGUAUGUGUACUUGUGUGUGUGGAAGGUCCUUGUUAGUGGUGGGUUUGGACUCUCGAGGCCCAUUAUGAUCUGCCGUGGUGGACUAAUCUUUUUCAAAUUUCAAAGUGAUUUUGGCAAAAUUUCACGACAAACACUUCACUGUACUGUACUAGACGGCGCUGCCUGUUGCAGCGCUUAGGGCGUAAGGAAGGGUGUCGAGUUAAGAAUGUAUCGGACAUUGUUUCCCUCUUUGCAUCUGGUGAUGAGGUGAUCUCGCUGCCUAUUGCAGCACUUAGGGUGCAUCGAUGUCGAGUUUGGAAUGUC